GUUCGAUUGCGCAUGUGUAAUUAUAACUACUUCCGCCAUAACAAGAAAACAAAAAGAAACAUUAAAAAUAACUUUUUCUUAACUCUAAGAGCACUAUGUCCCGCAAUAAACGCGAAACUUCACAAGUCAGAAAAGCCACACAUUCUGGCAGUUGGUAUACAGAUAACGCUAGUGAAUUAAAUGGACAACUGAGUGGAUGGUUAUCAAAAUGUGAUAAUGUUGGUGCACCAGUUAGGGCUCUGAUAGCUCCUCAUGCUGGUUACUAUUAUUGUGGGGCAUGUGGUGCCCAUGCAUACAAGCAAAUGGACCCAAGUAAAAUAAAGCGUGUGUUUAUACUUGGACCCUCCCAUCAUGUGAGAGUGGCAGGCUGUGCAUUGACAGCUACAGAGAAAUAUAGAACACCUUUCUAUGAUUUGAUCGUAGAUACUCAAAUAAAUUCGGAAUUACAUGGUGCGGGACCGUUUGAAGUGAUGAAUAUAGACACAGAUGAAGAUGAACACAGUAUUGAAAUGCAGCUACCCUAUAUUGCCAAGGCUAUGGAAAGCCGCAAGGGUAACUUCACAGUAGUGCCAGUCCUGGUUGGUUCACUUACACCAGAGAAAGAAGAGUUGUACGGGAAGAUAUUUGCCAGAUACCUUGCCGACCCUGAAAACUUUUUUGUGAUAUCGUCAGACUUUUGUCAUUGGGGACAAAGAUUUAACUACACAUUUUAUGACAAAUCUCAAGGUGAGAUCUGGAAGUCCAUAGAAAGUUUAGAUAAACUGGGUAUGGAGAAGAUAGAAAAUUUAGACUCUAAAGGGUUUAAUGAAUAUUUGAAGCAGUAUCAAAAUACUAUAUGUGGUAGAUAUCCCAUUGGUGUCCUCUUACAUACUAUUGAUGCAAUGCGAAAGGUCAGCAAUGGGCACAGAUUGUCUUUCAAAUUUCUUCAAUAUUCACAGUCGAGUAAAUGUUCAAAUAUGCGUGAUUCUUCUGUCAGCUAUGCCGCAGGUGUUCUAAUGAUGGAAUGAAAGAUGACGCACCGUAGAUAUUCAAAACCCCAUCAGCCACUAGAUCAGUUCUUGGAGGAAGUUUGAAUCUGUUAUAAUUAUCCUUUAAUUUGCUGAAUAUCUUAAAUGGUCUCGUCCACUUUGUCUUUUAUCGAUUUUGGUGUUUUCUUGAUGAAAAUUUGAAAAUGAUUAGCCAACAGUAUAGAGCCUGGUCAGACUGCACAGAAAUGCAAGUUGGCCUAGCUCUGUACUGGUGGCAAAGGCUAACUACUUAACAUUUUCAGCAGGAUGACUGUUAAAAUAUUGUUUUUUCCCUUCAAAAUAUAGAAUUUUGUGAUUUAACGUAAUACAGAUUACAGGUGUAGUCUUUCAAUUGAUAUUUAAAUGAGGGUAUGUGGUGAUUCAAAUGAGUUUGAAGACUAGUGUAAAUCUUAAGUGUUUCAUUGGUUGAUUUGAAACAUUCUUUUCAAAUUUGACCAAUCAUGAAACUUUAUUAUUUGACUGGUCUACAAUCACAUUUGAUGAACCUUUACAGAUAAUGUAUUAUAUAAAUAAGAAAGGUUUUAUCUUGGCCUAGUUGUUUGCAUGGAAUUUUCAUAAUAUGAAUUUAAAGUUCUUGAAAGAUUUUUACACAAAGACUGCAUUUACCAUAUAUAUUUUUUGCAAACUGUUUAAUCUUUUCCUUAUUUGUUGUGUUUAAAUUCAUGUCGCUAAUAUUUACUGAAUACUGUUACAACUAGUUAAUUGUCACAUCUACUUAGAUCAGUGAGAUAUAUGUUAUAUAUCAGUGAGAUACAUGUUAAAGAUCAGUGAACUAUGUUAAAGAUCAGUGAGAUAUAUGUUAAAGAUCAGCAAGAUAUAUGUUAUAGAUUAGUGAGAUAUACAUUAAAGAUCAGUGAGAUAUACAUUAUAGAUCAGUGAGAUAUAUGUUAUAAAUCAGUGAGAUAUACAUUAAAGAUCAGUGAGAUAUAUGUUAAGGAUCAUUGAAAUAUAUGUUAUAGAUCAGCAAGAUAUAUUUUAUAGAUCAGCAAGAUAUAUGUAAACAAUCAGUGAGAUAUAUGUUAUAGAUCAGUUAGAUAUAUAUGUUAUAGAUCAGUGAGAUAUUUAUUAUAAAUCAGUGAGAUAUCUAUUUAAGAACAUUAUGAAAAUUGCCUUGUUGUUUUGCACCCACUAUACCAUUUUCAGUGUCAAUUGCUAUUUUAUACCAUUACUUAAUACCAUUGCUAUUAUCUUUGUAUAGAAUAAUGUAUGUGCUAUGUUCACAUUAUUGUUUGAUUUUGAAGACCAAAAUGUAUUUAAUACAUUUUUGUAACACUAAACCAUCUUCGGAUAGUAAUUGUUGGUAGUAAAUGGGCUUUCAAAAUAAGUUACAGUUUCAUUUUGUGAAAUUGUGCGAGAGAGGCAUUAAUUGUGUGUUUUAUUUUUUGUUCUAACCUAAGUAGCUCUUAGAACUUUGUAAUUGUUGGUACAGGAAUAAAUUUGGUCUAUAUUGUUAGUAUGGCAAGUUUAUUUAAAGAAACCAGAAAGAAAACAAUGAAUGUCAUUUUGCAUGUUAAAGUAGUGAAAAUUUUGCAUGUUAAAGUAGUGAAACUACUAUGGCUAUAAAUGCUAUAAUAAUUCAUAUGAUACAUUAUGUACAUUUUAAUUAAAUUCCUUUUGUCAUGUACAAUCUUAAAUCAUACAUGUGUAUGCGUUGAUAUCUUUUGAAUGAAGUACAUUGAGUUUGAUAAACAUUAAAAUUUUGUAUUUGAUGUAGAUUUUUUUACUUAUCAAUGUUAUAAAAUGUUAUUGCAUUCAUGAAGGUGGCGUUACAGCCCUGGACUAUCAUUACAGUCUUGUAAAUGUCAUUACAACAUUGUAAAUGGCUUUCUAGAUGAUCUGGGAUAUCACUGUGAUCUUAUAAAUGUCAUUGCAACUCUGUAGGUAGAUUUACAGCCUUGGAAUAGCAUUACAAUCUGUAAUUGUCAUCAUGUUCAAAAUAUGUCAUUUUUGACCAUGUAAAUGUAAAUACAUUUUGGGUUACGUUAUUACAAUCUUGUAAAUGUCAUUUCAACAAAGUACAAUUGUAAUGCUAUUACACUUAGGGUAAUGUUAAUCUUAUAAAUGUCAUUUCUACUCUGUAAAUGUCAUAACUACACUGUAAAUGUCAUUUCUUACCAGUUUGUGAUAAAAAGUUUGUGAUAAUGCUUAUGAAAUAUGAAGAAUUCGUUUGUAAUCGUGUGAUGAAUGUUUGCUCUAACCAUCUUAACACACCUUUCUGAAUGAACACAUACUUACAUGCAUACAAAUUAGACAAAUACAAUGAUUCAGUAUUAAACUUUUUAUGUUAUGCAAACUUUUUUUAAGAAAAUAAUUUUUGCAGUAUCAGUCACAAACACAGAAACAAACAUCAGAAUCAGUCUUUAGAAUUUCACAUUUGAAAAUACAACUUCACACAAUCAGGUCUGGCAAAAUUAACUUUCAAAAUAGCACACUUGUGUAAUCUUCCUUAUAUAUAAUAGUGAUAGUUACAUUUAACAAACGUUAAUUGGUACAGAACUUCAGUUUAUUUCUUUUAGUUAUUAUUAUAAUGUACUGCGUUGCGUUGAUUUAACAUGUUUAUUUAAAAAUUAAUGAAUUUUGAUAAAGAUAUAAUAAUCUACAAUUUGUAAUGUAAUUAACUCACUCAUAAUAAUCUACGAUUCGUAAUGUAAUUAAUUCCACUCGUAAUUAUCUACCAUUUGUAAUGUAAUUAAUUCCACUCGUAAUAAUCUACGAUUUGUAAUGUAAUUAAUUCCACUCGUAAUAAUCUACGAUUUGUAAUGUAAUUAAUUCCACUCGUAAUAAUCUACGAUUUGUGAUUCCACUUGUAAUAAUCUAUGAUUUGUAAUGUAAUUAAUUCCGCUCCUAAUAAUCUACAAUUUGUAAUGUAAUUAAUUUCACAAAUACACCAGUUAGUUGUUAAGGUAUUGUUUUUACGAAUAAAAGUAAAAUCAAAUCGACUGGGUACAGAAUACGGGUAGUGGGUAAACGGAUCUCAUUUGUUCUGGUGGUUGAUUUUUUAAACCAAACAAUUAAGUAUUCUACUGCAGAACUGAAAAAAAGUUCUCUAGAGAAAAUUCUGUUUAUAAAAUAAGUAUAUACAGUGAAAAUCUCAAUAGGAUAAUUUUUAUUAAUAUGUAAUAUAUCUGAAAACAUGUAUAUAAAGUUAGGAUUUGUUAAGUUUUGGACUCAUUUCAAAUAACAGUGUCCAUUUGAUUUAGAUAAAUUACAUUUUUUUAGCGCACUUAAAUAUUGUCUUAAGUUACCUUUGCGUGAGUGUACUUUUCACAAAUUCAAAUUCAUGAACAAGUACUAUAAUAUAGAUAAAAUGAAAACUUCUUAAGUUCACCCAACAUGACAAAAUUGAAAAUGUUGCAGGCUCUUGUUUAAUUGAGCCAGUUUGUGUCAAAUACACAUUACUUUCCUAGCACUGGCUUAAAACAAGCUAACAUUAAAGCAAGAAAAUUGAUUUUGUAUCCUCCCAUAUAAACUGGCAUGUAAUUCAUUACCCAUUUUCAGCCAGGAGUUACCAUGACAAUGAUUGCACACGUAAAUUUGAUGAUGCUGUACUAGUUAGGCAAAUGCACCAGUUUAUAUAUGUUAUAAAACCUAUGUUAAUUUGAAUAAAAUUCUUCAAGAAGAAUUUUAAUUUACCUGUAUUACAAUAUCUAUAAUCAAGAAAAUCGUUAUCAAACCACUUUCAAGUACAUUUUGUAUUUUCUUCUUAUUAUGAAUUUCGUUACCAUUUAUCAAUCAAUCACAACACGAUAUAAUGACCUCGAUAGCUGUAGUACAUUUUUGUUUCCAAUCAUUUUUGUUUCCAAUCUUCCUUACAUUUAAAUUUUUUUAUGCUGUUUUAAGCCAAUAAAUAUGAAAUGUAUAUUAUGUUGAAUAUAAUUAUGGCACCCGUGUUGCCUAGCAAUUAAGAGAACUGACUUCAAACCACUUGCCCUUCACUGCUGUGGGUUCGAAUCCAGAUUUUUUUGUGUGAUUAAGCUAUCAAGCAAGGUUAUACAUGUAGAUGGUUGAACUGAUGCCAACGCUUGUCUGAAAUAAUGGGCAGCUCUAGGUGCACCAGAGGCCUUCUACCAUCAGGCAAGCUAGAAAGUUGCCAUUUGAUCUUUACAUUGUUAGUUCGAUAUAAAACCCAACAACAGCAACCACAAAAAAUGAAUGGUGAAAUAAGUUAAAAUGUUCUAGACAUAUAGUGGAAUAAAUGUGUUGUAAAAAAUCGUGUGGGGUAAAUAUAUACAUAAUAUAUCAAUGAAGCUUUGGUUUGGUGAAAGCAAAAUUGCAAUCCUUUAUGAUGUACAUGUUGUAGAAUUAGGUAAUAUAAACAAAGCAUGGGUGUUCAUAUGAAGUUUUAAUUUUGCUUAAAUAUCAAAUAAACUUUGAAAAUGUUAAA